AUGGGUCGAAGCAUCUACCUACAAAGCCGUCACAAAGAAUGUGGUGGCGGAUUUCGUCUGAACAUCGUAUGCCGAUUUGUGAUACCCGAGUCAAUCAUCACUGACAACGCAACUAACCUCAAUAGUGAUCUCAUGAGGGAAAUCUGCGAGAAGUUUAGAAUUGUCCACUGCAACUCCACAUCCUAUAUACCACAAAUGAAUGGAGCAGUCGACGCAGCUAACAAGAAUAUCAAGAGAAUUCUACGAAAGAUAGUGGACAAUCACAGUCAAUGGCACGAGAAGUUAUCCUUCGCCUUACUAGGUUAUCGGACCACCAUGAGAACAUCUACUAGGGAAAUACCAUACAUGUUAGUAUAUGGCACCGAAGUUGUGAUACCCGUAAAGUUUGAGAUACCAUCCUUAAGAGUCAUUCAAGAAGCCAUGUUAGACGAUGCAGAGUUGAUACGGGUCAGACAGGAGCAAUUCAUGCUCAUUGACAAAAAGAGAAUGGAUGCAUUAUGCCAUGAUCAGUUGUAUCAUAAUAUGAUGGACAGUUCAUUUAACAAAAGGGUGAAGCCUCGCCAGUUUUCACCAGGACAAUUGGUUCAGAAGAAAAUCUCCCCCCGCCAAGAAGAAGCCAAAGGAAAAUUCACGCCAAAUUGGCAAGGGCCUUACGUGGUUCAUCGACUGUUGUCGGGUGGAGCUCUAAUUUUGCCAGAAAUGGAUAGAAGAGUCAACACAAAGUCCAUCAACUCUGAAACAAUCAAGAGACACUACGUUUAA